UAGGCGCUGCUGCUGCUGCUGCUGCAACUCGCCACACACACUCAGGACAUACAGUACAGUCACUGGAACUGCAGCAGCGAGAGCAAAAGCUGUGCUACCGUCUGUGCUUGCGAAUAUAACAUACGUUAAGAAGCCAAAAAAAGCUCAACAGCAAUAGCAACGAUGUCGAGUGGCAAGAGCACCAAGCCGGCUCGCAAGCUGCCGCCCAAGGAGCCCAACGAGAUGACCCACGGCGAGAAGCUCAAGCUCAUCGACGACGAGCUCAACGCUUUUUACAAAUAUUGUCAACAAGCCGGAUUUACCGAGGAGGAGAUGGACAUCAUCUGCCAGCCGCUGGUGGCGGCGAUGCGCCGCUCCUGGCUGCAGCUCGUCUUUCAGGCGACCCUCGUGCUGGUCGCACUGGGCACACUGUGCUGCCUGGCGGCCCAGCUCGACUUCGUCGGCACCCACUUCAGCGCCAUCGGCCGCCUCUUCAUGAUCAAGAUGCUGCCCGUGUGGAACUGGCAGCCGCUCUACUACGAGAACUGCAUGAUGAACAAUCCCUUCUACAACGACUAUCAUCCCGUCACGGAGGAGGAUUGCGUGGCCUGCGAAGCUUUGGAAACGAUCGAUCGGCAGUCGGACGUGCGUUACCGUCAACUGGUCGACAAUUAUCUGAAUCGCGACGCGCCUGUCAUCAUUACCGACGCCAUGAGCUCCUGGGCCGCCAUGAACACGGACUUUUUCUGGUUCGACAACAUCACCCACCUGUACCUGGAGAACGAGCGACUGAUGGAGACGGUGCCCUGCGCCCUCACCUCGAAUCUGCGCACCGGCUCGUCGGAUCUCGCCGCUUUUCUGCGCCGCGUGCACACCCCCGGUGUGGCCAAGUGGUUCGUGCACUGGCAGAACUGCGACAUCCAAGCGGUCAAGGUGCUGCGCAAGUACUAUCAGCGCCCGUACUUCCUCUCGAGCACCGUGUCGCCGGCCCACUUCAACUGGGUCCUCAUGUCCUCGGACUACAGCAGUCCGAAUUACAAGCGGGUCGAGCUGGAUUCCGGCCUGAUAGCCCUGGCGCAGUUCCGGGGCGCCACCCAGCUACGCCUCACCCCCAUCAAUCCCUGCAACAGCUCCUGUCCCGAGCUCAUAGCCGACUUGCAUCAGGGUGAAAUGCUGGUAUUCACGAAUCUCAUGUGGCAUCUCGAGUACGCGCCGAUGCGAGGACUGGACAACAUAGCCAUACUUACGGAAACCGUCUGGGAGGAAGAUACGUAAAUGGGCUGUGCGUGCCGAGUCGACCAGUUUUUCUUCCAUUUUUUUAUUGAUUUAUUAUUGUAAUCUCGUCUAUGAAAUAGCGGAUGAAAUAAAGUAUUCGUAUUGUCGUUCAAGAAAAUAAAAACUAUUCAACCGACUGAAAUAAAAAUUGAAUCAAUUUACUUACCCUUA